UUCGGUUUCUUCAGCCGUCAUUGAUUGUCGCAUUUUGGGGUUUCGCACGCUGCUUGUUUCUUUUCUCCUCUCUUCCUCUUCCGAUCUGAAAUUCUCAAUCAAAGAGAGAGAGAGAGAGAGGAGGAAGAAGAAAGAAAAUGGAGGCGAGAAGAGAUUCGUCAUUAUUCAUUGCCAUCGCUAUUUUCUCUUUAAUCAUCUCCGUCUUUCUUCCCGCCGCUGCUGUGGCUCAAUCGGCCGCUCCUGCUCCUGCUCCAACCAGCGACGGAACUUCUAUUGAUCAAGGAAUUGCAUAUGUGUUGAUGCUGGUGGCUCUUAUGCUCACUUACUUCAUUCAUUGAUUCUUCAUCAUUCUUCAUCGAUCUGAUCUAUCUAUCUUUCGAUUUGAUGAUGAUGAUGAAUUCUAGAUUUGAUUUGAUUUCUUCAUGAUUUCAGCAUUUCAUCUAUGUAGAGAGAAAGAGAGAUGAAUUCAUGUUUAUUAUUUUAUUUUAUUUAGAUAUUUAUUCUCCUCUCUUUUUUUCAAUUCAUUUGUUUUCUUUCUUUUAUUGUAUUUUAAGCUCUAUUUUAUUA